CAAAUGCCAACGACGGUGGUCUAAUUUACUACUGUCACUCUUUGGAAGAGGCAGAGAGAGAGAGAGAGAGGAGAGGGAUGGCUUCGGCUUUGAGAGCAGCCGUACUUCGCAACAUUCGAGUCCCUGUUGCUCAAACCCUAACCCUAAAUGGAUCGAAGCUGAGUCUGUGCAGCACCGUCCGAUCUAUGUCGUCUCACGGCGACGAUCAUCUCGACAAAGAAGAGGUCAUCGGGAGAGUCCUUGAUGUCGUCAAGAGCUUCCCUAAAGUCGAUCCUUCCAAGGUGACUCCUGAUGUCCAUUUUCAGAAAGAUUUGGGCUUGGAUAGCUUAGACACUGUGGAGAUUGUAAUGGCUCUUGAAGAGGAGUUCAAGCUGGAGAUUCCUGAUAAGGAAGCUGAUAAGAUUGACUCUUUGCCCCUUGCAAUUGAGUAUAUUUAUAACCAUCCAAUGGCUGGUUAGCGUAAGCCAGCUUCCCUCAUUUGAGUUCCAAUCUUGUUUCAUUUUCUUAUGAUAUCCCUGCAAAACGAUGGUCGCUCAGCCUUGUCUUUGUUUGUCCUGGUAGAGUGAUGGGAAAUAAUCAGAGUUUAUUUGAUUAAGAGUAGUUUGUAGAACUUGCAUUUCCUGGUUUCUAUAUGUUUCUGCUUUAGCCAUUAAUAUCCUCUACUUCAUGAAUUGGCUUGCUAUCAUGAUAUUUCUAUGUCCCAUCUUUGUUUGACUGCUUGGGUGUUUGUAGAAAAUUGAUCCUGGUAAGAGGGAUGGGAAAUAAUAAGUGUAUUUGAUUGA